GAGGAGGAGGAGGAGGAGGAGGAGGGGGCAUCGUGGACGGGCUCCAUCCUCCCCAGGAGAGCGAAUGAGGAGUCAACAGCUGCACAGUGAGGACGAGUCUCCACCAAACAUGAUUCGAAUCAAACAAUCGAGUUGUAGGUGAGGCGACGGCGGCGCGUGAGACAGAUAUGAAGAAGAAGCGACUCACGCAGACGGCGUAAGCUGUGGCGCCGCACGCGCUCCCGCACUCUCAGUUGUCAUCGUUAAUCCGGAAACUGUUUCACUUUGUAUUGUUUGAUUUGCAUAAAAAAAAAAUCCCAGAAAAAUGCCAACUCACUCGCUGUUGCCGUACGUGGACGGUCCGGACGGACUCAUCGGCAGCAGCGCUCGUAUUCCCGGGCUGGGCUCCGCCGGGACGCCGCUCGGCAGCGGCGUGGAAAAGUCGGAAGGGAGUCUGCAGCUGUCCUGCAUGUUCUGCGAGCAGACGUUCACCCAGCAGGAUGAGCUGGGUCCCCACGUGCUGACGCAGCACCCCACCACGUUCUUCGAGCCGGCAGUGCUCCGGGUGGAAGCGGAAUUCCGGAUCCCCGGAGAACGAGCGCGGUCCAAAGUGGAGGAGGAGGAGGAGCUUCACAGGUGUAUUGUGUGUGACCACGCCGCACAAGACGCCAGCGAGCUGGAGGCCCACAUGAGGAAGCACAAAGACUACUUCACCUAUUGUUGCAAUGUCUGCGGCCGGAGGUUCCGAGAACCCUGGUUCCUCAAGAACCACAUGAAGAUGCACGUCAAACCGGGGCCGAAGAGCAAAGCCCUGCAGGAGCUGGACGCCCCGGCGACGGUGAACGGCGUCACGCAGGAGGCGGCUCCUGAGCCCGCCGUUACCGUUUACAAAAUGUGCAUGGUCUGUGGCUUUUUCUUCCCUGACCACGACAGCCUGGCAGAACACAGUAAAGUUCACAACCGUGAGCUCGAUCCGGCUAAGGAUGAAUGGAGUCUGGAGCGUGCUGCCAAGUCUUCACCCAACCAGGAAGAGUUCCUCAGUGGUCUGAACCUCCAGCCCGCCUCAGCUGCCUCAAAAAACGCCAGGUCGUCGAAGUGGAUCGCCCAGCUGGACCCCUUCAACACAUAUCAGGCCUGGCAGCUGGCUACCAAGGGCAAGAUAGCUGUCGGACCCAAUAACACCAAAGAUAUUGGCCAAGAAGUGAGCACAGACAACGAGGACUGCGGCUCUGAUAAGGAGGAGGCGAGCAUGAGCGCCGAAGGUCAAGCCGCCAAGGAGGUCCUGGGCAGGGAGCUGCGCUCGCAGCAGCAGGCUGCGCCCGAAAACCCGCCGCGGAGGUCCCUGAUUCAGAAAGUCCCGGACAGAGAGAGGCCAACCACCUGCGAGGACUGUCAGAGAACGUUCAGGACCUACCACCAGCUGGUCCUCCACUCCAGGGUCCACAAGCGAGAGCGGGGUGGCGGGGAAAGCCCCACGUCUGCUGUGGACGUGAAGCUGGCGAGGACGGGCUCAUCGGAGCACGCAGACGACGGCUCCGAGGAGACGAUGGAGGAGAACUCGGUACCAGGCGAAGAUGGUUUUGAUCGAUCAAAAGUCCGAUCCAAAGAAUGCAGUUUCUGCGGCAAAUCCUUCAGGUCCAGCUAUUACCUGACUGUUCAUCUGAGGACUCACACAGGGGAGAAGCCUUACAAGUGCGCUUACUGUGACUACGCCGCGGCGCAGAAGACCUCCCUGAAGUACCACCUGGAUCGGCGUCACAAAGACAAGCCUUAUGUGGAGAUCUUCAGCAAAUCCGGGGCCUCGAUUCCCUCUCCUGAAGACGGGAAACAAGGAAGUGAGCCCGAAAGCGCCACUCCAAACGCCUCCAAGUUGUGGACUCCCGGAGCCACUUCAUGGACAAACGAAGAACCAAAAGACAGGUUUGACAAACAGGCGAGUAAUUGCAGUGAGCCACCAAACGCAGCGUCUGUCGGCUCCUCCCCUGACCGCUUGUCGACUGAGAGCUCCGGAGCUGCCAACCUGAAGGAGGAGGACGUGAAGGAGGAGGGUCCUGAGGCCCCCCUCAAUCUGUCCUUGAAAGUGUCCGUCUCCAUCUCUGCGGACGCCGAACCCAAACACGCUUUGAUUCCAGCUUCCUGCUCGUUUUGUGCGUACAAAACCAUGUAUCCAGAAGUCCUGACGAUGCACGUCAAGCUAACGCACAAAGACCGGUCCGAGGGCCCCCGGAGGCCCGGACCCGCGUGCAGUCUCAGGCAAAAGCGCCACACUGGCUGCCCCCCCGCGCUCGAAGGCAAAGAUGUCGCCCCGCUCCCGAUGACCGACAGGCAGCACCCGCGCCGGACCAAGUCCCCGCCCCCACAGCCCACAAGAGCGCCCCAGAAACCACCCCCUGCUCCUAAGCUGUCCCCGAUCCACGCCCCGCAGCCGGAGCUCUUCCAGGAGCCCCAUCGCCACCGACAGAACCCCGACCCGCACCACAGCCAGGAAACGUCCAGAUUCACCGAGCUGGUGAGGCCCACCAACCCCGGCAGCAAGCAUGCGGGGGACAUGAGGGCCCCUCAGGACAGAGCAGCUGUUGGCGAGAGGAGCUACCCGGCGAGGCAGGGGGACAUCUGGCACUCGGACGCCGCCCGGCUGUGUCUGUCCAGCCGCUUCGGGGGCUUCCCCCACAUAGAUUUAGGCGAACCUUCAGGGAAAAGGCUAAAGUUCUCUUCGGCGAGCCGGGAGGCCGACGGCGGGGAAAAGUCCGCUUUCAAAGGGAUGCACGGAGACGCAUCCAGCAGGCUGCUACUAAAAACCAUAUCCCAGGGCGCGGGCCCCGCCACUGCCGCCGAGGCUUUGGGGGCAAUGAAUACCACACCCGGGCCUUUAGGAGGGAGCCUGAACUCUGAGUGGAGCAUGAUGAGCCUCCUCCGCUCCUGCACGCCCGGAGAUUUGGCCUCCCUCUAUCACAGCACGCCGAUGAACCCCAACCACGGAGGGCUGGGCCCCCCGAGACCCGGGAGCAGGGCUGUGGUGUACCAACCGCUGCCCAGUCUGCCCGGCCUGCAGAUGAGGGACCCCUCGGGCCCGUACCCUCAUCAACGCUACAGAGCCACCGACAAAAGCUCCUGAAGACAAAACGGCCGAGGAUAAAGGUCGCAAACAGACGUUCAGCAACACUUCCUUCCCCGAUUUGAUUCCACACGAACGAGCCUGUCUGGUCUUUUGUUAGCAUCUUUCUAGGCUGCAAACUUUGCUGCUACAAACGAUGGAUUUUUGCUCAGAGCGUGUCUGUGCUUCCCUUAUUUAAUGUUUGAGGAGAAAAACAGUAGUGCUGUGUGGACAUUUUUGUCUUUUUUUGUUUGUUUUUUAAGUGGGAAACGUGCACAUAAUCACAGAUGUUCCUGUCAGAAGUGUUGCUGGAGCCUCUCUGAAGCGUUCAGAGGUCAACGACGUCUGUAAGAUGUCACUCAGCCCCGCCCCCUGAAAAAAAACAUGGCGUCUUUUUGAUUUGCUCUUCCCAGAACCGCGGGUCUUCGGUUCGCUCGUUCAGACGUCCAUCUACCUCACGUGUCGCUGGAAACACUCUGCGUCUUUGCGAAGCUUUUGCCCGGAAAAGGCCACGCCUCCAUCUGCUGAUCGCAGCUACUACUGACGCGAUGGAGGCGCUUUGGUGCGCCGCGCUCGCCACCCGUUUACAUUCCCGUCGGAGUUCCUUUUUAUUUGUCGCGAGUUCAGCUGAGAGCGGAAGUUACCAAAAGUGUUUGGUUUUCAGGCGGCAGCCGCCCUUCUUUGCUUUCCGUCUUUUUCUUUCCGCCGCCGUCGGACACCAGAAUCCACGAAACACUGUGAAGAACUGAACUCAGGGUCAUUUGCGGAAACGCCGUCUCCGCCGCUUUAAACGGCCUGAGCUUCACCUUUUUCUUUGGGCAGAAACAUUUCCUGUGAACUUUUGGAAAAGUGAAAAUAUAGUUUUGGAGAUUUGUAUGAAAUAUUUCAACAAUAAAGCAAAAAGUUGAGCAAAAA